AGUUAUUUUUUUAUAAGUAUGUAUGGCGGUGAUAUUGAAUGCAAGGAGUACUGAGAAUUACCGCUUCUUUAUUUAACCGAUUUUCUUGUGGAAUUUUUGAAUUUCGGGCGUGUCCGUAAUAGGCUUGAAUCCAGGAGGAUUAUCAUUUAUCUCAUUGGGAGAGGAAGUGAGAGUGAAAGAGAGUCGCAUCUUGUUUGAGAGUGAGAGUGUGAGAGAGAGUUUCUGUGUCAGGUGUUUUGGUUGGUACCAACCAUGGUGGAAGGAGCAGCCAAGUACGUUAAAUAUGCCUUAUACGUCGCCAAUGUUGUCGUUUUGAUCGGAGGAAUCGUGGUGUUUUCAGUUGGAGUAUGGACCCUCGCAGACAGAUCUUUCAUGGAAAGGUUGUUGGGCAGCAACUUAUAUAUAAGUUCUGCUGCCAUUCUCAUUGCUACUGGAAUCAUCGUCACAAUCGUUUCUUUUUUGGGUUGUUUUGGAGGAUAUAAAGAAAUCAAAUGCAUGCUUUUGGCCUUUUUUAUCAGUUUGUUUCUGAUAUUCAUUAUAAUGCUGGUUGGUGGAAUUCUAGGAUACGUAUUUAGAAAUGAAGUAGACGAUCGAAUGCAACAAGAAAUGUUGAUGACAGUACCCAUGUAUAUGAAUGACAGCACAGUUACUUAUGCUUGGGAUGCAGUGCAAGUACAUUUCAAAUGUUGCGGAAUUUCAAUUGGUAAAGAUACAAAAGGUUACGAAAUUUGGUUAAAUCGAAACAGUCAUUUCAAUGCAAAUUAUAGACUUCCAGGAAGUUGUUGCAAGAACAGAGAAAUGCCGCUAAUAGAAGAAUGCCUAACUGAUCCUCAAGAUAUCAACGCUAAUUUAGAUGAUUGUUACGAAAAAAUGAAAGACUUUGUCAAACAACACGCAAUGGUCAUUGGAGGGAUAGGAGUUGGAAUAGCAUGCAUUUUGAUAAUCGGUAUGGCAUUAUCCAUGGCACUAUUUCUUUUAAUUCGUUAGCUAAACAGCCGCCAGAUAAUUUUGUUAACCAAAAAAAAAUCCCUAUUCAUAAAAAAUUGUUAAUAUUUACGCCGGUGUUGUUCUAAGUUUUACAUAGUUUUUGAACGUUAAAACGGGUUAUAUAUAUGUAUAUAAUAUAUAUAAACAUGUUUACUAAAUCUUGAAGUUGUAUGUGAAGUUUCAGUUGUGUUCUAUAGAAAAAAAAAAGUUUUUCCAUUUAAAAUAUAUACUUAAUCCUUGAAAGUAUAUCCCUCGUGCUAGUGUCAAGUGCCUUUCAAAUGGAUUAAGGGAACAAGUUUCAAAAAUAAAAUUUAAAAAAAUGCUAACAAGAGACUACAACCAAUACGGCACUAACUUUAAAAUUUUGUAGAAUUUCUUUUGUUGUUCUCUUUCUUCCUCUGAAAAAAUAAAAAUAUUUAAAAAAUCAAA